GUUGGGAAAUAAGGAAGGGUUUGGGGUGGCUGGGGGGCACGGGAAAAAAAGACAGCCUCUUUCCACCUGUACCAUGGAGAAGCCCAUUUGCAAUUCAUCCCACAGCAAGGAGCAGAUUCAGCCUCUCCGCUAUCUAAGCAGAGCAGAAGCAGUGGCUAUUGAGAAGGAGCUCCUGGAAGAAUUUAGAUUUGGACACCAGCAGCUGAUUGAGAUCUGGGGUCAUGCCUGUGCCGUGGCCGUGGCCAAGGUUUUCCCUCUGAGGUCUCUGCCAAAGAAGCAGCCGACAGUGCUAGUAGUCUGCGGCUGGGACCAGAACGGGGCAAUCGGCCUGGCCUGCGCCCGGCACCUGCAUGUGUUUGGAUACGAGCCCACAAUAUUCUAUCCGAAGAAAUCCUCAAACCCCCUUUACCGGGAUUUCACCACGCAGUGCGAGAGGAUGGACAUCCCCUUUCUUUCUUACCUGCCAACAGAGGUUCAGCUCAUCAGCGACGCUUACAACCUGGUGGUUGAUGCCUUGCUCGGGGUGGAGGCCACGCCAGGCGAGGUGGCAGAGCUCUCCUGCCCAAUCUUGGCAACUCUCAAGCAAAUCCGCGUCCCCCUCAUCAGCUUGGACAUCCCCUCUGGCUGGGAUGUGGAGGCCGGCGGCAGCAACGGCAUCAGCCCCGACGUCCUCGUCUCCUUGGCUGCCCCCAAGCAGUGCGCCACCCGGUUCUCGGGGAAGCAUCACCUGGUGGCCGGGCGCUUCCUGCCUUACGAUGUGCAGAAGAAGUUUGAACUGAAUUUGCCGGAAUACCCUGGCACGGAAUACGUGGUUUCCCUUUAAGGAGAAGGACGUGCAUGCUUGUGUGGCAUGCUGAGGGUUCCAGGGUCCUCUCAAAUGGCGAGGCUGGAUGAACCUCUCCAGAAUUCACCGUGUCUACACUGCUGGAAUGUACAUGCCGUAGCUCAGGGGUAGUCAAAGUGGUGCCCUCCAGACACUGUUGGACCCCACUCUGGAGGGUCACGCAGAUUCCUCCGUCCCUGCUCUACGAAGUACCAUUUCUCUAAUGCAUGCAAGAAAUGGAAGCAUGCCUCUCCCUGGAUCAGGGAUGCUGGUGGGCAUUGUGGUCCAGCAGCAUCUAGAGGGCACCCGCUGGCUGAUCUCUGCCUUAGCCGAAGUCUUUCCCAGUGUUCCUUGAUAUGUUGAAUAAACUAGGCAAGGCCGCCUGGGACUGGGGGAGACUCAUAACCUGCCCUGACCCUCUUGAGGGCACCGCCGGUAUUC